AUGGGUAAAGGUGACAUCCGGCGGCGGCGGGAUCGGCCCGGCCGCCAUGAACAGCCGCCUGCAGGAGAUCCGGGAGCGGCAGAAGCUGCGCCGACAGCUCUUGGCUCAGCAGCUGGGAGCUGAAAGUGCAGAUAACAUUGGAGCAGUUCUGAACAGCAAGGAAGAACAGAGGGAGAUUGCUGAAACCAGGGAAACUUGCAGGGCAACUUAUGACACAUCUGCCUCAAUUACGAAGCGGAGGCUUCCAGAAGAAGGGGAAGCCAGUGAAGAAGAAUUUGAAGAAUAUAAAGAUGAAGUUGUGGAAGAAGAGGAAACAGAAAUGCAAUACAAUGAAGAAAUCUACAAAGAUUCCAGCACAUUUUUAAAGGGUACACAAAGCUUGAAUCCACACAAUGACUACUGCCAGCAUUUUGUAGACACUGGUCAUCGCCCUCAAAACUUUAUUCGUGAUGUAGGCCUUGCAGACAGAUUUGAAGAGUAUCCUAAACUUCGUGAGCUGAUCCGGCUGAAGGACGACUUAAUUUCACAAACAAACACUCCUCCCAUGUAUUUACAGGCUGAUCUGGAGACAUUUGACAUUAGAGAACUGAAGUGCAAAUUUGAUGUUAUUUUGGUUGAACCACCCUUGGAAGAAUAUUACAGAGAAACUGGGGUCACAGCCAUUGAAAAAUGCUGGACAUGGGAUGAUAUCAUGAAGCUGGAAAUUGAAGAAAUUGCAGCUCCAAGAUCAUUUGUCUUUUUAUGGUGUGGCUCAGGGGAUGGUCUUGACCUUGGCAGAGUGGUAAUGUUACGCAAGUGGGGUUUCAGACGUUGUGAAGAUAUAUGCUGGAUCAAAACCAAUAAAGAUAACCCUGGGAAAACCAAAACCCUAGACCCAAAAGCAGUCUUCCAACGAACAAAGGAACACUGCCUAAUGGGUAUCAAAGGGACGGUGCGUAGAAGUACAGAUGGCGAUUUUAUCCACGCAAAUGUAGACAUUGAUCUUAUUAUUACAGAAGAGCCAGAGAUUGGAAACCGAAAGCCUGUGGAAAUAUUUCACAUCAUUGAACAUUUCUGUCUGGGACGAAGAAGAUUACAUAUUUUUGGAAGGGAUAGCACAAUAAGACCAGGAUGGUUAACUGUGGGUCCUAGUCUUACAAAUAGUAACUUCAAUGCUGAAACUUACAGCUCAUACUUCACUGGAACAAAUGUACAUCUGACUGGCUGUACAGAAGAGAUUGAGAGACUUCGUCCCAAAUCACCACCUCCAAAAUCUAAAUCUGAUCGAGGAGGUGGAACUUCCAGGGGUGGAGGAAGAGGUGGUCCUUCAGCAGGACGUGGAGAGAGAGGAAGGGAAAGAAACAGAGGAAAUUUCAGAGGAGAGAGAGGAGGAUUCAGAGGUCGAGGAGGUGCUGCCCAUCGAGGAGCAUUUGCUCGAUGAUGACACAUUUCACAAGUCUAAUUUAGGAGUGGGAUUUCAGAAUCUCAACCUGAAUUGAUUCCUGCUCCACUUUUCUACUUUUUUUAUACCUACUAAGCCAUGGAAUAAAAGAUCAGUAGUAAUGAAACAUACAUGAAGAGUGUGUCCAGCAGAAAUAGUUUUGCACUUUGGUCACAAAAGCAUUUUGUAAUGAUCAAAAUGCAGUGCAUUUGCCUUUAAAUCUGGUACAAUAUAUAUUCAGGUUGUUUUCUGGUUUAAAAUCUGUUGCAGAGUCUCAGUUCAUGCAGCAUUUAAAGUUCAGUUUUUUUUAAACUUUUGAAUGUUGGAUUUUUUGGUCACUUCUCGUAACAUAAUUGUAGUUCAGGGUCUUAACAAAGGGGUGCUGAAUAAAAGGCAGUUCCUGCAAAACUGACUUGGAAGCGUUGAUUCUAUAAUAGAAUAAGGUUCUGCCAAAUUCAGUGUAACAAUUAGAGCCAGCAUCUUGGCCUUUAACCACUGCAUCUGCUUGAUUUUAACCAUUAGAGCCUGCCAAAAUGUGGAGUAAGAAAAGCAAUUGGUUUAUUCAGCUGCACGUCUUAUGUUCCAUCUUCCACUAAAUUCAAACAUAUUUCUACACUGCAUUUGUAAAUGUAUUGUUCCAAAUAUGUGCAUACCAAGUCAUCCUACUUUCAGAGCAUCUUUGCAAACACGUAUGUGUCCACUAGAAAUAAAUAUUUGAAAGCAAGAAACUAAAGUAAGGUGUUAUUUUUAAAAAAUCAUUGUGAGAAUCCUGUAAAAUGUAAAAUUUUUUGAAUUCUUCGCACCCAUGCCCCCCCCCCACCCUCACUAAAAUCUCUUGUAUUUUGAGGUAAUAUCUUUCGUUGUAGGUAACCCAUGUUCAGCAUUUAGCAGCAAAUUGUAGAACAGGUGUGUGUGUGUG